AUGGCAGGAGACUCUCGCGUCCACAUGGACCACGACAUGGAGAUAGGAGUGACACCAAGAGAGGUGAAGAAGCUUCCCAAACAUCUUAGGGAGCCACAGAUCCCGACGGACCGCACCCACCUCAUCGCCGACCCUGUGAAGAAACCCCGGCAGCGCUACGUGCAGAAAGACGGCAAGUGCAAUGUUCACCACGGCAACGUUCAGGAAACCUAUCGUUACCUCAGUGAUUUAUUCACCACUCUGGUAGACCUGCGUUGGCGUUUGAGCUUCUUCAUCUUCACACUGGUCUACGUCGUCAACUGGCUUUUCUUUGGGUUGCUCUGGUGGCUAAUUGCGCUCAUCCGUGGGGACUUGCUCCAUGCUGACGAGGAAGGCUGGACUCCGUGUGUACAGAACCUUAACAGUUUUGUCUCGGCUUUCCUAUUCUCCAUCGAAACCGAGACGACCAUCGGCUAUGGUUACCGUGUUAUCACAGAGAAAUGUCCAGAAGGAAUCAUCCUGCUGCUGGUGCAGGCCAUCCUGGGUUCCAUCGUUAACGCGAUGAUGGUUGGUUGUAUGUUCGUCAAGAUCUCGCAGCCCAAGAACCGAGCGGAGACCCUCAUGUUCUCGCACAAAGCUGUCAUCUCAGUGCGGGACAACAAACUUUGCCUGAUGUUUCGCGUGGGAGACUUGCGCAACUCGCACAUCGUGGAGGCCUCCAUUCGUGCCAAGCUCAUUCGCUCUCAGCAGACAAAGGAAGGAGAAUUCAUUCCACUCAACCAGACUGACAUCAACAUCGGUUUCGACACCGGCGACGACCGGCUCUUCCUGGUGUCGCCGCUCAUCAUUUCACACGAGAUUAACGAGAAGAGCCCCUUUUGGGAGAUGUCUCAGGCUCAGAUGGAAAAGGAGGAGUUUGAGAUUGUGGUCAUUCUGGAAGGCAUGGUAGAGGCCACAGGGAUGACUUGCCAAGCACGCAGUUCUUACCUGGACACAGAGGUGUUGUGGGGGUACCGUUUCACGCCUGUGCUCUCUCUGGAGAAAGGCUUCUACGAGGUGGAUUACAACAACUUCCACGACAUCUAUGAGACUAACACACCCUCCUGCAGUGCGAAGGAGCUGGCUGCUAGACUGAGGGAGGGGCAGCUUCUCCCUCAACUCUCCCUCCUUACCCCAGAGCCCCGACCCCACAACCAGGAUCUUGCCACGCAUCGCCAACACCUUACCGACAAGGAGGAGCCACAGGGGGAUGAGGAGAAAGGAGGUGAAACCAACAACGGCUCAGCCAACCCUCUUGAAGAGAAGCCCUAA